AUUACCUGCACGCAUGUUUGCCAUUAUUCGUUUAUGUUGGCGGACAUUCUAUUGAUGAUUAGACUCAAAAUUGAUUAAAUUACUCUUACUGCUUUGUAUAAAAACAGUCACUGUGGGAAAAUGCUACUGUUAGUUGGUUGGAAAACUCACAAGUGAAAGAACCUAAAACAAAAUAGUGAUCGUGAAGAGAAAGAAAAACAACAUUUCCUUGUAAUGGAACUCUAUCAAACGAUUCUUAUCUUUGCGGUGAUAAUGUUAGGGAUGGCAACUGCCGAAACGUACGUUACCAAGUACGACAAUAUCGAUCUGGAAGAAAUUUUCAACAGCAAACGUUUGAUGGAUAACUACAUGAACUGCUUGAAAGAUGUUGGUCCCUGUACACCCGAUGGCCGAGAGUUGAAAGACAACCUUCCCGAUGCGCUGAUGAGUGAUUGUGCGAAAUGCUCCGAAAAGCAGCGCAUCGGUUCGGACAAGGUGAUCAAGUUCAUCAUCACGAACCGGCCGGACGAUUUUGCGAUCCUCGAGCAGCUUUACGAUCCAACCGGUGAGUACCGGCGGAAGUACAUGCAGUCGGAUGUACUGAGCGAGCACGUGAAGCAGGAAGCGGGCGAGUUAUCGUCGAGCGGUGACGGAAACAUUGAGACCGAUGCCCACGCAACCGAGCAUAACUCAUCUCAAGAUCACGAUCAUGGCGAAGGACAAACGGAUGCGAAGAGUGAAAAUUCAAACUGAACAUUGAAAUUGGAAUAAAGUUCUCGAUCCGUCUGUCAUGCAUAUAGACAAUUCCAGUAGUUUCGUUUGCCUUCCAUACAUUUUCCUAUACAUUCGCGUACAUGAAGGCGUCAUAUUGAGUCGCGUAUCGUGACCAAUUCGCACAGUAUGCAAUUUUCCCAUCAGUUCGCCGCACCAACCGAUCGAGCUGCUGAAAGCGACGACAGUUUCCAACCAGGCUUCUCCAAAUCGGCUUCAAUUUCCCGCUAAUGGUACCACUCGUCAAUCACUCGCGUGUGCACUCGUGUGCACGUGAUGGAAGAAAGGUCGUCGAUGCGUUUUCGCUGCUAAAAAGUCAUAAUUUGCCGUUCGGCAUAGGUCCUCCCUCCCCAGUCGGAUCGUCAGCUUGCUUCCACCAUCAUUAAAAUGAAGCGCUGCACCAAAUGUAUCGACCUCGUGAAGAACGGGGCUUUGUAUCAAAAAGUGAUUUCGGUACAGUAAGCAAAAAGUGCAGCUGCACAGUAGCAUCUAUGAUUCAUCGAAGCGGUUCACUAACUACGAGAAAAACUAUCAAAAACGGCCAGGCAUCUAGGCGGUCAAAGUUAGUGUGGCGUUUGGAGUUUUUUUCUCUCCUACCUCGCCUUCUGCUCGUAUAAAUAAACGAAGGACAGUAAACAAGCCUCGUUUUGGAAUCAUUUAUGAUAGACGUGUGAUUUUUCGUAACGGAAAACAGGGACUUAUUGUACCAGUACACUUUAAUCUGCCGAAGAAAAAAAGCACGCUUUGAGAGCAAUUUAAUAGUGACACGUUUUUAUUUCAACUCCACCAGACACGUCAGCUUAACAAGGAGGCAUACAGAUUACAGCAAAAAAAAUGCAUACGAAAUGGUUUAGAUGUCAUUAACAAACGCUGUAAAUCGUUGCUGAACGAAUUUGACACAUGGUGUUAUGGUUUUGUCUGUUCACGGAUUCGAUGACUCAUUCGUACAUUUUUACUUCUUCACUCUUGCGUAUCAUCGGACCACUGAUUGCAUAAUAUUAUUU